GCCAGCCAACCUCGUUUAGAUCAAGAAACAUGUCGGCCCGCGUGACCAAGCAAAUCCUGCGCGCGACCGUGCUCGUGGACGAGCCGUCCAAGACGAAGGGCAAGGCCGCCGGCAAGUCCAAGUCCGGAGUUGCGGCAAAGACCAAGUCGCUUAAGAAGCGCCGGCAGUUCCUUGACGAGGCUCGCAUCGAGCGCAGCAAGUCGGACAACACGGCCAAGAACAUUGCCGUGCUCACAAAGCUAACCAAGACAACCAAGGCACAGGAUCUCAUGAAGAAGAUCCUCAAGCAAACGCAGCGCUUGUAGACGUGACGCUGCUUCCACCUCGUGUACUACCCUAUUUAAUCGCCAUCGUAAUCCACCGCUCCUCUUGCGCACCC